GCCAGCAACAGACGUUCGACUGUUCGUGAAUGUGUUACGAACAUUACGAUAUUACGAUGACACUAGUAGUCACUAGUCACUAGUCAGUCAGUACUCAGUAGUCAAUUAAUGAUUACUUGAAUUGUGAUCAGUGGAUAGUGGAUACUACUUAGUACUUAUAAGUUACUAGUUAUAAAAUUACAACCUUCAAUAAUAUAAAUUAUAAUAUUUAUAGUUCACUAUAAUAAUUUAUAUUCACUAGUCAUUGUUAUUUGUAGAUGUGUCCUUGAAAAUAAUUCACUGACAAUUUCUCUCGUACUUACGGAGACGAUUUUUUGAAUAAUUAGUUUUAAAUAUUAUGCAACUCAUGCAAAUUUUUUGUAUCAAACGUCGAUAGUCGUUGAUUGUUACCAAUUGACAUUACCAAUUCUAUAGCUGACCAAACAUUUGAAACCCGCAAUUUCCCAGGUUGAAAAUUGAAUAUCAAGAGCAAUUAUUAAUUAAGUAUCAAAACAAAACAUGGACAAUUUACGUUUUGAUGGACGAGUGGCAAUUGUUACCGGAGCUGGUGCAGGUUUGGGUAGAGCUUAUGCGUUAUUAUUUGCUGAGCGUGGAGCUUCUGUUGUUGUCAAUGAUCUUGGUGGUAGUCGAUCUGGAGAUGGUAGUAGUAGCAAAGCUGCAGAUUCUGUUGUAUCAGAAAUCCGCUCUAAAGGUGGAAAAGCUGUUCCUAAUUAUGACUCUGUCGUUGAUGGUGAUAAAUUAGUACAGACUGCACUUGAAAACUUUGGCCGUAUUGACAUAGUAGUGAAUAAUGCUGGAAUACUAAGAGAUAAAUCGUUUGCACGAAUCAGUGAAUCUGAUUGGAAUUUGGUACAUGAUGUUCAUUUGAAAGGUGCUUUUAAAGUUACACAAGCGGCAUGGCCACAUUUUCGUAAACAAAAUUAUGGCAGAGUUAUUGUCACAAGUUCUAAUUCUGGUUUAUAUGGAAACUUUGGACAAGCUAACUACUCGGCUGCCAAAUUGGGUUUAGUGGGUCUUUGUAACACAAUGGCAAUUGAAGGUAGGAAAAACAAUAUUAACUGUAAUGUUAUUGUACCAACAGCAGCAUCUCGGCUCACUGAAGACAUUCUACCACCAGAUUUCUUUGCCGAAUUAAAACCUGAACUAAUUGCUCCUGUAGUUGUAUGGCUUUGUCAUGAGAACUGUGAUGAAAAUGGUUCUAUCAUUGAAUCAGCUGCUGGAUGGGCUACAAAAUGUCAUUUGGUAAGAGGAACUGGUGCUAUACUUAGACACAAGAUUACAGACACAGUUACUCCAGAAAAUGUCCGAGAUGUUUGGAAUCAGUUGACUGAUAUGUCACAAGCAACUAGACUGAAUUCUAUUGAAGAAGCAUCUUCAACUUUAUUAGGAGUUUUAGAUGAAAUCAAAUCAGGUCCUGAGGAAACCUUAAAUGAAGCUAGUGGUGUGUUUAGUUACAAUUACCGAGAUUCCAUAAUUUAUGCUAUUGGAGUUGGAGCAAAUGUAAAAGAAGAAAGUGAUUUACAAUAUUUAUAUGAAUCUCAUGAAAAUUUCUCUAUAAUACCUACUUAUGCAAUUUUACCCAGUCUGAUGGCUACUAUGAGUAGUAAUUUGAUAACUGAAGCAAUACCCGGCAAAGAAUUUGAUUUAUCUCAGGUUUUACAUGGUGAACAAUAUUUGGAACUACAUAAGCCAUUACAAACUGAAGCUAAACUUACAACUAAAAUUUGUAUUUCUGAUGUAUUGGAUAAAGGAAAAAAUGCUGUUAUUGUUGUUGAUGCUAAAACGUAUGAUGAAUCUGGUGAUUUGAUCGCCACAUCACAAAUAUGUACUUUUGUUUUGUCGGCUGGAGGAUUUGGAGGGAAACGAGUGUCCAGCGUUAUGAUUCCAUUACUCGAUGAACCUAAUCGGGCUCCAGAUUCAACUGUUAAAGAGAAAACUUCUGUGAAUCAAGCAGCUGUUUAUAGAUUAUCUGGUGAUCUGAAUCCUUUACAUAUAGAUCCAUCAUUUGCACUUGCUGCUGGUUAUCAACAACCAAUACUUCAUGGUUUAGCAACUCUGGGUAUGUCAGUAAGACACGUGCUCAAACAAUUUGCUGAUAAUGAUUCAAAAUUAUUCAAAUCACUUAAGGUGAGAUUCAGUAAACCAGUUAUACCAGGCCAAACAUUGUGUACAUCAAUGUGGAGAGAAGGGAACCGCAUUCACUUCAAAACUACCGUAUCAGAAACAAACGACACAGUUCUAUCAGGCGCUUACAUGGAAUUACACGAAAUUAGAAUGCCAGCCAAGCCACAUGUGGUAUUGUGUUCUGGAAAAGUCGAAGAACUGCCAAGUGAUGCAGUAUUCCAUGGUAUGAAAGAACGCAUAGAAUCUAAUCCAAGUUUAUUAAAAUCUAUUAAUGGAGUCUUUGUGUACCAUAUCACAAAAAGUGGUAAAGUUACUAGUACAUGGACUGCAGAUUUGAAGGCUGGUAAAAUUUAUCGAGGAGAACCUGAAAAAGGCAUUAAAGCAGAUACAACAUUGACUAUUGAUGAUUCAGAUAUGAUUGAUUUGGCUCUUGGAAAGCUAAAUCCUCAAAUGGCAUUUAUGAAAGGUAAAUUGAAAAUCAAAGGAAACAUCAUGUUAGCUCAAAAAUUAAAAGCAUUAAAUACUGAAUCCAAGUUAUAAAAGUAAUUUAUAUGUUUUUGGAAUUCAAGGAAUAAAAUUUAAGGUAAAGUUUAUGGUGUUAAAGGGUGGGGAUUUUGCCUUGGAUCAUAAUUUAAAUAUAUAGUGUUGAACAUUUUUUUAUAUAUUUUAUUGAUUUAUGUUUAAAUGAUCUUUUAUGUGUAAUUAGUUAUUUAUUAUUGUUUUUAUUUCUUCUUUUUUUUUACCAAUCAAUAUUUUUAAUAAAUAAACAAUAUUGUAUUAGUUAUUUA